GCAGAAAUCACACUCAAUACUUUGAUAUAUUAUCUUACUGCAGAGUGCUUUGUUUCAAUUAAACAGUCGUACAACACUAUUCCAUGCUAUGCUGGGGUGAGGAAGUCGAUCCUCGUAUCUACAAAUCGCUUCGGCUCGACCAUCAGAACCGCAACCUGCUGUCCCGUCCGCGGCGCCAUUUCGCUCUCCUGCGUGUACCAUUCAGCGAUCCCCGGUGUCUGGAUUACUCUUUUCUGUACAUGGAUAGCGCCCUCCAUGACAUUGCUGUCGUCUACACUCCACUCCAAGCAGGGGAUGACUUCGACGAGUAUGGUUACGUGGGCUUCAAUGCAUAUGAUGUGGGGAUGGCGCACGAGAGUUCGGAUCCGCCGGCUUCAUCCCCAAGUUUGAGUGGCACUCUCACAACGAAAUCGGUGGCCGAUGGCACUGGGCGGAGCAGCGGUUCCGCAGUGAACUCGUCAACAGCUGGGAGCACACCGAGCAAUAACGCGAUGGCGAAUCCAGGAAAUAUCACCAGUACAUCAUUCACGUCCUCCACGCUAUCCGGAUCUUCCACAUCGAUCCCAACAAUGUCCGUUGUUUCAGCGGCGAAAGGGAUAUUGAUGACAACAAUCGCAAUUGCAGUUAUGGUACCUUUUUCGAUUUUGGCCUUCGCGGGGAUGUUUUAUAUGUGGUGGAGGUAUCGAUGGCAACGAAAGAACAAUUGCCAUGCCCAUGAAAUGGGUACCCAUGUUGCGAAUGAGUACGAGUUAGACAGCAAGCAUGUUAGGAAGGUGAAAAUGGGGGUGCUUUCAGGGAAUGCGAGAAGGAUUUCAGUUUAUGCUGUGCUGCCUGCUAACGGACGAGGAUAGGUUUCGCAGUUGACUCGUGAGUAUUAAUGUCUGGCUCAAAGAGACACUUGUAGAUGGCGACGAGAUUGAAUGAGGACUUUGUGGAUAUAUACAAUUGCAAGUAUCACGUGACUACACACACCGACGAGAUUCUCAUUGAAUCUGAGUGUCCUCGAACAUUUGGUCAAGAGAAGAGAGAUUUGAGUGGUGCAAGACAAUCUAAAUGUCAAUUCUUCAAAGACUUCAUUGUAGGGACUGUUAUUGAUUGUUCAUUGAACUGGUGGUCUGAUGU